ACCACAUAUACCAUCUAUCUAUGGUACAUCCAUUAUCCUCUACGUGUGGACUGAGAUUGAUAUAUCCUAUCCUCCCCAAAUCACCACAUAUCCAUUCUUCUUCCCAUAUCACAACUGCGGAAUAUAAAAAAAAUAAACACUACGAUCGGAGUACGCACGUAAUUAUAAGUUCCAAUCAUAAAUAAAUAGCACAGCAUAGCAUCGGCCGUCGGUGGUGGUGCAAACUAAAGCAGGCCGGCCGGCCGGCUAGGAAGCUUGUGUGUGAGAGAGAGUGAAGCUUGGGUAGCUAGCUAGAAGCUUUCGAUCGAUCAGCAAUGGCUGCAGCAGCUCUUCCUUACUCAACAAUCACCCCCAAGUUCCGCUCCAAAACCUGCCCCAAGGUGUUGGAGGCACCUGAGUUUUGUGGUCUCAAAUCGAGUGGUUGUGUUUCCGCAAGGCCAGGAGCUGCAGCUUCUUCUUCUUCUUCUUCUUUCUCCCGUCUUGUGGCUUCUCAACUCACUUCCAAAAGUGCAGGAUCAAAGCAGCAGGGUGGAGGAGUAUCGGUGGUUGCCAAACUACAGGUUGCCAUCAACGGCUUUGGACGCAUCGGUAGGAACUUCCUGCGGUGCUGGCAUGGCCGCAAUGAUUCCCCGCUUGAGGUCGUCGUUGUCAACGAUAGUGCCGGUGUCAAAAGCGCCGCUCACUUGCUCAAAUAUGAUACCAUGUUGGGAACAUUCAAAGCAGACGUAAAGAUAAUUGACAACGAGACCAUAUCUGUUGAUGGGAAGCAUAUCAAGGUCGUCUCUAAUCGGGACCCUCUCAAGCUUCCGUGGGCUGAUUUGGGCAUUGACAUUGUCAUUGAGGGAACAGGUGUGUUUGUGGAUGGUCCAGGAGCAGGAAAGCACAUCCAAGCAGGUGCUAAGAAAGUCAUAAUCACUGCACCAGCUAAAGGUGCUGAUAUUCCAACCUAUGUUGUUGGUGUUAAUGAACAGGAUUACUACCAUGACAUCUCCAACAUCAUCAGCAAUGCAUCGUGCACUACUAAUUGUUUGGCUCCUUUUGUUAAGGUCAUGGAUGAGGAACUUGGUAUUGUUAAGGGAACAAUGACAACAACCCACUCUUACACUGGAGAUCAGAGGCUUCUAGAUGCAUCUCACAGGGACUUGAGAAGAGCGAGAGCGGCAGCACUGAACAUAGUGCCGACGAGCACGGGUGCAGCCAAGGCAGUGUCUCUGGUGCUGCCGAGGCUGAAAGGCAAGCUAAACGGAAUCGCUCUCCGGGUCCCAACCCCUAACGUCUCGGUCGUUGACCUGGUGGUGAACGUGGAGAAGAAAGGGGUGACGGCGGAAGACGUGAACGGAGCAUUCAGAAAGGCAGCGGAGGGUCCUCUGAAGGGAAUUUUGGACGUUUGUUACCUACCCCUCGUCUCGGCUGACUUCCGGAGCACCGACGUGUCCUCCACCAUCGAUGCGUCGUUGACUAUGGUGAUGGGUGAUGAUAUGGUCAAAGUUGUGGCAUGGUAUGACAAUGAGUGGGGAUACAGCCAACGGGUGGUGGAUUUGGCACAUCUAGUGGCAAGGAAGUGGCCGGGCAGGUCUGCCGCUGCUGCUGCCGCUGCAAGUGAAGACCCCUUGGACGAUUUCUGCAAGACCAACCCCAGUGAUGAGGAAUGCAAAGUCUAUGAAGCUUAAACCCCUUGUCUUUAUUUAUUUAUUUAAAAAAAUAUGCAAGAACCAUUAUUGAAUUUGGAUGAUGGAAGCUAAGGAGUGGGCCGGGUAACGGAUUUCGAUGAUUCAAGUUGCAAAAUGAUACUGACCGCAAGACGAAGCUCCGCCACCCCUAUCUACGACAAAAUAUCUGCUUUUGCUGAAGACCCGCUUCCACGACUUGUAACUCCGGCGAGCUCUAGGAUGCUCUGGUGACUACGAAUCGGUCUGGAAUUUAUUGGGAAGUAUUCCUAGACCUCUCACGACCCUCCUAUCUUGUUUAUAAGAAAUUUCUUACGUAAAUAUAUAUAUAUAUAUGUGUAUAUCUCCGGCGACCUAUAUGUAUAUAUAUAUGUAUAUAGGUGUUCUCACUCGGUUUUUUCAGUUUGUAGUGAUUUAGAAUGGAAAGAUAUCUUUAUUUAUAACUAUAGAACGAGCC